AACUGUGAAAAUGUCUUCACAUGCUCAUUUUUAGCUGUGUUCAUAUUAAAUUAAAUUACAGUAUAUAUACAUCAAAGAACUAUGAACGAGCGUGUUUUUCAGUAUGGAGCACGAUUUAUUCAUAUAUAUGGACAAACAGAUAUUCCAAAGUAUGUAAUAUCUUCGUCCGAAGAAAUAAAACAUUGGUGUACUGGCUCUGCAGGCUUAAAUUGGUUUCUGUUAUGUUGUUGUCAAAAUGUUGUUUACAGAGUGGAUGAUAUCACUAUUAAACGUCUUCUCUUAGAUAACUCAACAAAUUCAAGUGAAGUUUCAAAUAAAGAUGACGUAUUUAAUCAACUUCUACAAGACAGUCCAACAGAAUUAAUACAACUUACAACGCUACCUCGUAAUGUCUACAAGUUAACUGAGAAAGAUAAAGUAUGGCAAGAUGAAAUGAGCUGUAUAACAUUUAUUAAAACCUAUCUUGACUUUGUGAUCAUCAUAACAAAGAAUAUAAAUAGUUUCUACAUCAACUUUUAUAAAAUUGAAAAUUUGAAACCAGAAGAAAAAUGGAGAAACAGAUCACCUGAAUUACAAUUUGUAUAUCCUGUUAGAACUCACACAGUUUCGUUAUCAGCACAACAAGCUGAUUGUUUGGUGGAUUUGGUAAAAAUAAGAAAUAGGACAUCUGUGUUUAUUAUAACUUCACAAAGUUUUGAUGAUAGGUCAUGUGAAUCCGCCAUUAGUCUACCUCAUGAAUUGUUUAUUGUUUUGUUCAGUAAACAGUGUGAACCAUUAACAUCACCUGUAAUGAUUUUCUGCAGAGAUGAUGGCUGUAUAUAUUUUUCCAUCUUAAAAACAGAUGCCUUGAAAAACACAGCUACUAAUUUAUUUUGUGAAAUUGAUUCCAGUAUUAUUGCCAUCAAUUACAUGAAUGUCACUUACUGUGAAAACAAUACCGUUGAGAGCAAAACAGAUUUACUAUACAAUGCAGAUUCAGACAAAGAGUUACCUGCCCUUGUUCUGUUGUCAUCGAGUGGGAAAGUUUUGAUAUUUAUGGUUAUUAAAUCCAAGAAAUGCUGGUAUUCUUCUCAUAUUUCUGGCCAUGUUAUAUCUGCUUGUGUUUGUGAUCAUACACAUCUCUAUCACAGUAAUGGACAAUUUAUUUACAAUACAAAAUUUUAUUUUAUUGAAAGUGAUAACAGGAUUGAGAAUGAAAGCACACUACUUCAUGAUGUAAGAGUUAAAGAGAUGUAUAUAACUAAAUUAAAUACUCUACAAGAUGAGGAGACCUUCCUUCAGUGUCAAACUAUGAAAAACUCUGUAAUAUCCCUGCCUGUAGUGAAUUCUACUUUACCAAAAGUUUCUUCUAAUUUAAAAGAUAUACUGCUUGGAAUUGAAGAAAAUCACCAGAAACUAACAGACAUAUCUCUUCAUCAAAAACAUCUAAAUAACACCAUUCAGCAAAUUAAUUUGGCUGCUAACAUUGUUUACAACACAUCUUGUAAACUCCUGCAAUCGGACAGUAGACAUUCGACAAUUUUAUCAUGUGAAAUUAAAAUACAACCCAUAUUGAAAGGAAUAUCCCAGAGAUAUACUCUAAAUGUGACUAUUACAAAUCAAAGUAAAAUAAAAUUCUCAUCAGACUGGUCCCUUUUAAUUAAUUUGUCAUUCUCUAAUAAAUUGAAAGUAGAAUCACAUUCAGUUAAUUUGAUACAUGGUUUGGAAACAAACAAAAGUAUUCAGGUUAAUGUUCCAGUGACUUCGCAGAUAAAAGAUGUCCAAUUACUGAUGGUUCUAAAGCCCACGUUGAAAUGUGAUUCACAGUUAUUGAAUCCAACUGAGUUGUGUAUUCCAUUAUAUCAGCGGGAAUUGAAUAUUUUGGACUUUUUAUUGAGUGACGAACACUAUAAUGGAGGUACGUCUACAGAUUAUUAUGGAAUUUUUUGUGAGACUGAUGAAACCAGAGUUCCUGAAUCUAAAAUCUAUACAUCACAUUUACUGGUGUCAAGAAGUCAAUUGAAAUCUGUUAAUUUCUUUAACAGAACUAACCAUGAAAUUGAUCCUGACAUCAUUUUAAGAUUUAUAUUGAAUACUAAUCAACAUGUGGUUUGGGAUAUAAAAGAUGGUUCAUGUAAAUUAAGAGAUGACAAUGGACAUAUGAUAUCAUUAUCUGUAAAUCCUAAACAACAACCAGACACUACUAUAGACACGGAUUAUAUAGUUAAUCUACAUUCAGAUAACUGUUCAUUAUUAGCUGGUGUCAGAGCAGCAGUUCUACAAAAUUUAGAGAUUUGUUCUGCAAGAAAUUUAUCUCUGACAAGACCAUCGGAUCGUCAUCACUAUAUUAAACAAUUGGAGGAGGUGAAGAUGAAUAUAGAAGAACUACAGUUAAAACUAAACGAAAAUUCAAAAGAAGAAAAUAUCAAGGAAAUGUACAUUAUAUAUGAAAAGCUACGAAAAGCUCAAUUAUGAUUAAAUUGUUUUAAUUUAGAUUGUUUUAUAUAUCUGUACUGAAAUUUGAUCAUAUCUUGUUAUUAUGUCCAACCACAUUGCACUUGUUCUCGCUCUAGAAAUGAAAUGAAAUAGGUUUAUCGUCCUAUUGUUCUGCACUACCUGGGCUAAUGAAGAAGGGAAUACACCAUUCAGUGUGUGCUAUGGGGGAAAUUUUGCCCUGAGAGUGGCGCUACAGCCUUCUCUUAUAUCAAUUCCAACUGUACAUUGAACCUUGGUUUAUCAUCCCAUCCGAAGGACAGACACUGUGCCUUGUUGGGCCUUCUGUCACUGUCACUGUGGAACCUCCAGGUUAGUGAGCAAACACCUUACUCACUGGGGAGCCACAGUGGCUAAGUGGAUAGGAUGGUUUCCCCUUGUCAGUGGUGCAGGAUGGGAUGGUCUGACAAGGACAGCUGUGGAGUCGUUCGGAUUUACGAGAAACCCCGAGGUCCCCUGUACACAUUGGCAUGUAGGUAAAAGAUCCGCCUUAGUGCCGCUGUCCAGGCAAAAUUUCCCUUAUCGCACACUGUAUGGCAUAAGCCCCUCUUUGUUAUCCCAGUCGGAGCAGAACGGUAGGACUUUAAACCCCAUUUCGUUUCAGUUUGGUGGGUGUAUAAAUACUUGUGGAUUGAAAAAAAAAGAGAAAUGGAGUACACUACCUUAUAAAACACUCUGUAUAGAUUGAUCUGUCAAAUUUUGAUAUCAGCUAAAAUUGCCCAAAAUAGUUAAAAUUUGUUGAUUUUUCAAGUCGUGUCCAGCCUUUAUAUUAUAUAGUGUUAAAUAUUUAGUCAUUUGUAUAGGUAAAUCAAAUUUUUAACUUUUAA